GCCCCUGCGAUAAAUUUCAUUUUUUUAAUAUUAUUAUUCAACAAAGAGAAUAAAUAUUUUAUUGUUGAUUGAACUGUUGACAAUGAGCAAUGUUGACAUGGUCAACAAACUGUGCUUACGGGCUUCAAAUUGCCUUUUAAGUUUUUAUAAUAAUAUUAUGAUUUAUAAUGCCAUUUUACCAUCACCCAAGAAAUUUUACGCCAUUAUUAAAAGCCGCUGAGAGAAAAGCUGUUAAAAAUGGACUACAUCACAGUAUAUUUACAUCGAGAUUCGAUCGAUACGUAGGUGACUGGAGUAACGAUUUGAAACAAGGUAAAGGCUUGUUCCUGACAUACACGGGAAAAUUAUACGAAGGCGAUUGGUUCAAAGGAUUUCGACACGGCUACGGUACCCUUAGUAAUAAAUUGUUAAACGGGACAUAUAACCUAGAAUAUAGGGGAGAGUGGGUAAGAGGUAAACCAGAAGGUGCUGGCUGGAGGUACUACGAGAAUGGUGAUGUUUACUUUGGGUUUUGGAGACGAGGCCAACGGCACGGCUACGGCAAGAUGUGGUAUGCAGAUGGAACAUUUUACGUUGGCUAUUGGAAUAUGAGUAAGAAGGAAGGAUUGGGAAUGUUUGUUCAAGUUAAUGGCAACCGUUAUGAAGGCAACUGGCAUCAAGAUAUGAAAAACGGAAUCGGCCGUUUCUACCACCUUCACACUGGACAGUUGCAGGAAGGAUGUUGGCAGGACAACAUUUGUGUUAUGUCUAAGAUGUCAGAUAUAGAGAUUCGACAGUUUUGUUACUUUCCUUCCGAGUAUCCUAUACCACCUGAAACUUUACGAGAGUCAAAGAAAAUACUUGAGGACAGCGAGUUCUGGCUGAAACAACAGAUAGGGAACAUAGACAAUAAAUUAAAGUUUUGUAUUGUUAAAAUGUAAUUUAUUAAAAAAUCUACGUCAGAUCAUCAAAAUGUUAACAUUUUUUCAAAAAUUAUACAUUUAAAAAUCGACUUA